GCGCGCUGGCUGCGGGCGGCGGGGGGGACUUGUUGUUCUUCGCGAAGUCGGAGCCCGAGCGCGCGGCGGAGGCGGAGGCGGCGGCCCAGGGGGAGCGCGAGCGUGAACGCGAGCGGGAGGAGAGCGCGUGCCCGCGAGGAGCCGCCGCGCGCCCGCGGCCCCCGCGCGACGCCAGUUACGGCUUCCGAGCAGCUCUGCCCCGGGGACCGUGCCCAGGUUAUGACGACGAAUCCCAAACCGAACAAGGCGUUCAAGGUCAAGAAGGAGGCGGGCGAGAACGCCCCAGCGCUCAGCGACGAUGAGCUGGUGUCCAUGUCGGUGCGGGAGCUGAACCAGCACCUGCGGGGCCUGUCCAAGGAGGAGGUGGUGCGGCUCAAGCAGCGGCGCCGCACGCUCAAGAACCGCGGCUACGCCGCCAGCUGCCGCAUCAAGCGGGUGACGCAGAAGGAGGAGCUGGAGCGGCAGCGGGUGGAGCUGCAGCGGGAGGUGGAGAAGCUGGCCUCGGAGAACGCCAGCAUGAGGCUGGAGCUGGACGCGCUGCGCGCCAAGUACGAGGCCCUGCAGACCUUCGCGCGCACCGUGGCCCGCGGCCCCGUGGCGCCCUCCAAGGUGGCCACCACCAGCGUCAUCACCAUCGUCAAGUCCCCCUCCGUGCCCUUCUCGGCCGCCUCCUAGUGCCGGGGGCCGGGCGCCAGGUGGGCGGGCAGCGGGCACGUCCCCACGCUUGUCAGAGGGCCCAUGGGGACAGACCCCCGACGUCCGAGUCCGCACGCAGACUCCGGCGGGGCCCCCGCGGGCGGCUGUGGGUGCCAGAUGAGGAGUAGGGUCUCGUGAAGCUGUGCGCCACACGCCUUCCCCCACGCGCCCACUCGCGCCCACGCCCACGCGCCGGCCGCCUCGGCCGCCUGCUCUCUCCAGACCGCCUGCUUUCGGGGGCCUGCGUCUGCCAGGGGAGCCGGCACGUGCGGAACGAAGGUCCCCGGGCGGCACCAGGCCGUGUGGCCAGACAGCAGGGGCUGUGUCUUCCAUCCGUCCGGCAGCUGUCCCCUGCCGUGACCGCCGGCCAGCUCGGAGCCCUCUGCCCUGACUGAGCCCUGGUUUCCAGGAGGAGUUUCUGUCCCUGGCGCCCACACACGGCGACUCUGCUGCAGCCCUACCCGGGAGCCUGCGCCAGCAGGAGCUGUGGGGGGGCCGGGGCAGCGGCCUGUCACAGGUGGUCACCUGGGGCCUGUGGGGUCCACGUGGAGAGUUGUCUGCAUGUUGUGAAUUGUCACUGUGUCGGGGUGACGAGGGAGGCCCCCGGCCCCCAGCAGCACUUGUCUGGCCCCGCCGCCACCGAGGAGCCCUGGAGGGUGGAGCCAGGGGCAGG